GCAAAGCUCUUGAUUGUGAAUUUUUUUGACUAAUCACAAUCCUUUUCUGACUCUGUCUUUAAUCAUCGCCGGUGGCAGCCCCAGUUUCAAACUUUAGCUUUCUUCUGAAAUUGAUCAGAUUUUGCAUCAGCAUACCUCACCAUUUGAAGUUUCUCGUCUUCUUUUAGCCUCACCGAGUUCAUUGUCCAUGGCGGCAGAGCCACCUCCACCGUCGGAGAUCCACCUGAGGAUUAAUUCUCGGAAGAACAACCAUGUGAUCCACCCAGAGGAGGCAGGCACGGCUCUGCCCUAUUCAACAAGUACAACGCCAGUAGAAUACACCGAAGUAAAGCAUUUUAAGAGAUGGUUUCCCUGGCUAAUUCCUUUCAUUGUGAUUGCCAACAUCGUUGUGUUUGUGAUUACCAUGUACGUCAACAAUUGCCCCAAAAACUCUGUCUCUUGCGUUGCCCGCUUCCUCGGUCGUUUCUCUUUUCAGCCGCUGAAAGAGAACCCGCUUCUCGGGCCUUCUUCAUUAACGCUACAGAAGAUGGGAGCUCUUGAUGUCGGUAGGGUGGUUCACAGGCACCAGGGCUGGCGCCUUCUCACUUGCAUGUGGUUACAUGCUGGUGUCUUCCAUAUAUUGGCAAAUAUGUUGGGUAUUCUCAUCAUCGGGAUCCGGCUUGAGCAAGAAUUUGGAUUCUUGCGCAUUGGAUUGCUAUUUGUGAUUUCUGGAUUUGGGGGAAGUUUGCUUUCUGCUCUAUUCAUUCAGUCGAACAUCUCAGUUGGUGCCUCUGGGGCUCUUUUUGGAUUGCUGGGAGCCAUGCUUUCUGAACUCAUUACUAAUUGGUCUAUGUAUGAUAAUAAGUUUGGAGCACUCUUCACUCUUGUGAUUAUCGUUGCAGUCAAUCUAGCUGUAGGGAUCCUCCCACAUGUGGACAAUUUUGCUCAUAUUGGAGGAUUUAUUACAGGAUUUCUUCUUGGAUUUGUGUUUCUGAUCCGUCCUCAGUUUAGCUGGGUUAACCGAAGAUAUGCUCCUCCGGAUUACUCUUCUGCCUCAGCUAGAUCUAGAUUCAAAAAAUACCAGUGCAUCUUAUGGAUCCUCUCUCUGAUCCUUGUUGUUGCUGGAAUUACUGUUGGCCUUAUUGCGCUUCUUCGUGGUGUUGAUGCCAAUGAUCAUUGUUCUUGGUGCCAUUAUCUAUCUUGUGUUCCAACUUCAAGAUGGAAAUGCAACAACGAACCUGCAUCUUGCUUGACAACGCAACUUGGCAGUCAGCUGAACAUAACUUGCUCAAGCAAUGGGAAAUCCAGUACAUAUUUGAUUCAAGAUCCAACCGAUUCACAGAUCAAGCAGUUGUGCAGUCAGCUUUGUACUUGAAUUUUGAUAGUGAAGGGGAUGGUAUUAGGGGUUGCUAUGAGCUGUUUAUUCAUUUGUCCAUAUAUAUAUAUAUGUGAUGUUUUAAUUGUUUUGAGGCUCUUAUGAAACACUGCUCUAUAUAGUUGAUGCCCUUUGCCUUGGGACAUACUUUUCAUAGCCUCGAGUAAGGCAAAUAGAUUGAUUUUAUAUAAAAUUAUACAUCAUCUCAUUUAUAUCA